ACCCAAAAAGGUCCUUCCCCAACAUGUUGUGAAGCCAGAACUUUAAAAACGCCACUCGUGUUUAAGUGUUAAAGCGUUACAUUGUCGCUGGUUAAUGUUAUGGUAGAUAGUGCUUUACAACAAGUGGCUCCGCUGAAACUGAUGGCCCUCUCUUCAUUUUGGGAGCAUGCUGCAUAAAACCGCCUAAAAUGAGCUCUGAGGUCUGUCCAUUCUGUGGAAAAACUUACAAAAGGUUGAAGAGUCACCUUCCACACUGCAAGGCAGCAGCGAGCUCUAAAGCACCUUCAACCACACAGGAUGUUGCAGCCACUCAGAAACCUGCUUCCCAUCCGGCUGCAGCGGUUUUCAAAACAACCUCAAAGGGAAAGAAGAGCGAGCAAAUGUCCUCCGUGGCAACGUAUCUACCAUCAGAGAGGAGCAAAAAAGGUUCAGUGGCAACAUUAAAACCAGUGCACGUAGCAACACCAGAUGACUUAUCUUCAUCAUCAAGUAUUGCAUCAAACUCAUCAACCUUGAAGAAGAAGAAGAAGAAACAGUCCCUGGGUGAUCAAAUCAUUACAACAGCCCCGUCUACCUCCCCACCUUCUCCACUAUCCUCUACUUUGUCCAAGCCAAAGAAGAAGAGUCUCCGUGCUUUGAUAGAAGCAGCAAAAUCUGAACAUAUUGCAAAGGAAACUCCAAAGGGAACCAGGUCAGCCUCAAAAGAUUUAAGUCUGAAUAGAACCAGCAACCAAACAGAGACCAAAGCAGUUCCAGACUCAUUUAAAGACACCAGUGUUGCUUCAGUGCUUGCAGAAACUAAAGCCAACAAAGAACCAAAGGUGAAAGAUGUUCUUUUGACAACCAAAUCUACCGCUGACUUCCUGGACUCUAAUGUGAAUAAAAAUAAUAUCAAGCACCCUGAUUGGGGGACUGAGAGGUCUGUGGAGCCAGGAAGUGGUCACCAAAUGAGAGUUACCCUGCAAGAUGUUAAAGCCACACUAGGCAGAGCUACCAGCCACCGGCUGUCCAGCCAGCCGACCAUCCUGAGCCGCAUCGCAGCAGCUGACAGCCUGAACAGCAAAAUCAGGCUGGAAACUGAUCUCGGUCUGAUCCCGCUUUCAGCGGCGAACCAAAAACACCCUGUAAACUAUUUGGCAACACCCACAACUCAGUCAAAUAAGCAGCUCGGCAAUAGAAAACAACCGAAAGAGCUGCAACUGUUUCAGAAAAACUCUAAACCAACUCAACAAGAUACUGAUCGUCAGCCGGAGCCAGCUUCAGCAUGUGCAAAAGUACAGCUUGGUACAAGUUCCUCCAUCUUAAAUGAGAGCCUGAAGGUGGACCCUCACAGAGGACUACUCUCAGUAUUUGCAUCCCCCCACCUGCUCUCCGGCCACCAUCUCCAUCCUGCUGAAACACAGAGUUUGCCUGGGAUGGCUGAAGAUUUCCAGCUCCUCACCGGGAAGAAAAACGUUGCUGAAAAGCCAACUGAAGGAUUGCUGACACAACGAAGUUUGGACCAAGUGAGACUGAGGGAGCUGCCUGAUUGGCUGGCCAGCAGAACACCCAGUCGGCCCAGAGAUGUUGUAAAAAUGGUGGAGAGAGGCUGGUUGUGGUAUUACAGACGGUACAUCGAUGUAAAGAAAGGCAACGUCGGUGGACUGAGCAUGCUGCUGGCAGGUUACUGUGUGCUCAGCUACAUCUGGAGUUACCCCCAUAUAAAGUUAAGUCGUUGGAGGAAGUAUCAUUAAUGCGAAACAAAGGAUUUAAGACAAUCGUGACUGUAGGGAAAAGCAGGAAGUAUACACUUGAGUCUCGCCAACUAUGAAUUUGACUGGAUUUAUAUGUAACUUGUGACUGAUGUAAGAAGAGAUUAUUCAUUUCAGCUACACAUGCAUUUACUUUUAGUUCAACAGACUCCUAUUGAUCAGACAACAUAAGGCAGCUGCUUGUGAAUGUAGCUUAAAUGAAGUAGGGAGUGCAAAGAAAGCAAAUACAUUUGCCAUCUAUACUUUCUGGCUGAAGGCAAUGAAGUUUUUUUGCAUUUUUUAAAUAUGUCUUUAUUAAUAUUUUAUGUAACUGAGAAAGUUUGUUGAGAACCACUUUAAAACGAUGAGCUGGCCUGGCCUAAAGUCUACAGUGAAGGGAAUAUAUACAAAACUUGAAAACAUUUUUUUUUACAAACACAAUAUAUGUAAUAAAUCCAAGGAAAAUUCCUAAAGCAAUUUGAAUAUCUAAAAAUAAUUUUCUUAAAGUCAUUUUGAUGUGAUUUAAGAAAGACAGUUCACUUUUUGAGAUAACGGGGUGAAUUAGUUCUUGUGUUACAUCGAGUUUCAUCCAAUCAUUUUAAAGACACUGAAGCAUUUGAAGCAUGUGUUGUAUUUGAAAUAAAUAUAUUAAUAACUUAUCUAAAUUGUUCAAACUUUACCAUGUGAAAUAAUUAUGUAAUUUUACUGUUAUGGAAAAACAUAAGAAUGAUGUAUCAGUUUUUUAAAAUAAUUGUAAACCAAGAAAAUAAUUUUGAAAUCUUUAUUUCCAAAAUACUUCCUUGUGUUAAGAAAUCAAGUUUAAGAUCUUGUUAUAUUUUUCUUAUUUUAGUAUAAAGAUAAGCAUAACCUGAAGGCUAUCAAAGCAACCUGUGUUUCCAUUACAUUUCAGCAAAUGGGAGAACAAAUCAAGGAGUAUGCAUACUUUCCAAUAGGCCAGCAGAAAGACUUCUGUACUUACAAUAUUAGCAUGUGACAAAACUAGCUGCAGUUUUGUGACGGUUGAGUGCUUGAAAUUUUGUGGGACUUUUUAUGCUCACAGUCCACUAAUGUUAACUGCUGCGCUGUGGUACUUUGAUAGAUAUGGCUUCAAAAUCACAAGAUAUUUUAAAACUGUGAAAGUUUUAAGCAGUAAAUAUGUAGAAAACCUGAAAUGUGAAUUUAUUUCGUUUUUUUAAAUUUUUUUAUCUAAGUGUGACUAUUGUAAAUAUUAUCCUGCCUCAUGUCAAUAAGAAAAGCGUCCAGAAAUAAUUUAUUUUCGACAAUUGUGCCUGUGGAACAUACUGCUCUCCACCAGAUGUCACUGUUGAGUUGUUACUAAAACCAAAGAGCUCAAGUGUCAUGAGGCAGGGUUUUUCCUCACUCUUUUGUGCAAAUGCAUGAUCAGAUGAAAUGCAACCAAUAGAUUUAGACUCAAUAAAGACUAACAUAUACCCUAAA